AUAACCCUUCGUGCCUCGUUAGGCUAGUCGUUCUCAUUUCCGCCUCUCUGCUUCUCCCCGGCCAAAUCUUUCCCCCUGAAAGGCCGAAACAAAUCCAGAACCAAUCGGCUUAUGAUUAUUUUGUCGCACUGAUGGGAAUCCCCAAUCUUCUCCGCUUCAUGAAGCCAUUCAUCGAGCCCGUGCACAUCAAGAAGUACACCGGCCAACGGGUCGGUAUCGAUGCCUACACUUGGCUACACAAAGGAGCCUAUUCUUGCAGCAUGGAGCUGUGCUUGGACCCUAAGAGCGGCGGUGCCAGGCGCUACAUCAGCUAUUUCAUGCACCAUAUCAACCUCCUGCGGCAUCAUAAGGUUGUGCCCGUCGUCGUCUUUGACGGGUGCAGCAUGCCCUGCAAGUCAGCCACGGAUAAAGACAGGCACAAGUAUGCCUAUUCGAACUGUCAUACCAUCUGCUUGAGAAAUGCAGUUCCUUUUUUUUCAUCUGUUAGCUAACUUAGUGUGAUCAGUUGAGAUUGUAUGAUUUGUUAGCAUGGGAGGUAUUUUAAUUGUUGCAACACUAGCAUUGUGCGUUAACUCCUUGCACAGCUUUGUUUUAAGGUCACAAUGGAGUUGGUUAAUCUCUCUAAAAAAACAAUGGAGUUGGUUGGUCAUCAGAUUGGAAACAUGUAUGGAACCAAUAGGAAUCGAA